UUGUGUGUUCCACGCCAUGUUUACUGGCCUCCUGGCGGGGAAAUCAGAUGUUAGUGUUCCUGAUAUAGAGCCAAAUUACUUCAAACAUUUUCUCUUAUAUCUUUACACUGACAACACAACUGUUGACGUAGACAACGUAACAGCUCUACUCUACAUCUCCAGGAAAUAUGCCGUGGACGUCUUGGAAUCCGAAUGUCUGGAGUUUCUGGAAGAAAACCUCAACGUUGACAAUGCCUGUGUGGUUCUAGAUGCUGCCGAUCGUUUUGAUCAAAGCUCGUUAUUUCAGAAGGCCUUCAGCUUGAUUAUGAAAAACGGUGAGAGGUCACUUCAGUCAGCUGGUUUCCUGGAACUGAGCCAAGUGUUGGUGGAUCAGAUCGUGGAGUCAGAUGACCUCGCAGUAGAGGAACAUGUGGUCUUUAAUGCUGUCAACGGCUGGGCAGAGGCAGAGUGUGGACGCCAGGGAAGGGAGGUAACUCCUGAAGCCAAGCGAGCAGUCCUUGGAGAGACUUUACUGAAAGUUAGAUUUCCUCUUUUGAAGCAAACGUUCCUGUGUAAGGAGAUCAAAGCUUGUGGUCUCCUGACUGAGCUGGAGCGUCUCAGCAUCUUCGAACACAUAGGAUGCCCUGACAAUGAUGUGAAACCCUUCAACACCAAGCACAGACAGCAGACUACACACUCACCAACAAGGUUUCGAACAGAAAAUAGAACUGACUGGAACGUUAAUGGACAACUGAAAGAUGCCAUUUGCUUCCAAAGCAACCAAAACCUUGUACUCUGUGGAUACAAACUGUAUGGGUCAGACAGGAAGUCUCACGACUCUAUUUACUCUGUCACAACCUACUUUGGGAACGAAGAAGAUGUUCUACAGUGCAUGAUUCAAGAUAGAACUGAGUACACUGUCAACAGUAAAGUUUUUGAUGUGGUGUUUGGGGAGCCUGUCGCCAUGACAGCGGGAGUGUGGUACACUCUGACAGUGCUGAUAAAAGGCAGAAAGACAUUAGCGGGACAGAAUGGACAGAACGAGUUGCUAUGCCCUGAUGAUGUACGUUUUACCUUCAAGAACUCACAACACAGCAGCAAUGGCACUGGUGACGUCGAAGGACAAAUUCCAUCUCUUCUAUAUCGUAUUGAAUGAUCACUAGCACUCAGGGGACGGGGCCCCGUUCCUCAAAGCGAUCGUAGC